AUGAUAAGAGCCAGCAGAGCCGUGGCCCCGCGUCUCGUGGGCGCAGUCUCCCGGAGCCUGGCGGCCGCCCGUCACCAGGAUGGCUGGAAUGGACUUUGUCAUGAGGCUUUUACUGUUUCAAGAAGGGAUUAUACAUCAGAGGCACCUAAAGGUCCAGUUCUGGGUAUUGAUCUGGGUACUACCAACUCCAGUGUGGCGGUCAUGGAGGGCAGACAAGCGAAGGUCCUGGAGAAUGCUGAAGGUGACAGAGCUACGCCUUCUGUUGUUGCCUUUACGGCAGAUGGAGGACGACUUGUUGGCCUGCCAGCAAUGCGACAGGCUGUCACCAACCCAAAAAACACCUUCUAUGCUACUAAGCGUCUGAUUGGACGUCGCUAUGAUGACCCCGAAGUACAGAAAGAUGCCAAAAAUGUUCCCUUUAAGAUUGUCCGUGCCUCUAAUGGUGAUGCCUGGGUUGAGGCUCAUGGGAAACUCUAUUGUCCUAGCCAGAUAGGAGCAUUUGUGUUGAUGAAGAUGAAAGAGACUGCGGAAACUUACUUGGGUCACACAGUAAAGAAGGCUGUGAUCACAGUCCCUGCUUAUUUCAAUGACUCCCAGCGACAGGCCACUAAGGAUGCUGGCCAGAUAGCUGGGUUGAAUGUACUUAGAGUGAUUAGUGAACCCACAGCUGCUGCCAUGGCCUAUGGUCUGGACAAAUCCGAAGAUAAAGUCAUUGCUAUAUAUGAUUUAGGUGGUGGAACCCUUGACGUUUCUAUCCUGUGUAUUACGGAUGAAGUGUUUGAGGUGAUAUCCACCGAUGGGGAUGCUUCCUUAGGUGGUGAAGACUUUGACCAGGCUUUGUUACAGCACAUUGUCAAGGAGUUCAUGAGGGAGACAGGGAUUGAUUUGACCAAAGACAACGUGGCCCUUCAGAGGGUUCAGGAAGCUGCUGAGAAUGCUAAGCGUGAACUCUCCAACUCUGUACAGACUGACAUCAACUUGCCAUUUCUUACAAUGGAUGCUUCUGGACCUAAGCAUUUGAAUAUGAAGGUAACCCGCACUCAGUUUGAACACAUCGUCACAGAUCUGAUCAAGAGAACUAUUGCUCCAUACCAGAAGGCAAUGCAAGAUGCAGAAGUCAGCAAGAGUGACAUAAGAGAAGUGGUUCUGGCUGGGGGCAUGACGAGGAUGCCCAAGGUUCAGCAGACUGUGCAAGAGAUUUUUGGCAGACUCCCAAGUAGAGCUGUGAAUCCUGAUGAGGCUGUAGCCAUCGGAGCUGCCAUUCGGGGAGGUGUGCUGGCUGGUGACGUCACAGGUGUGCUGCUCCUGGACGCCACUCCCCUCUCUCUGGGUACUGAGAUGGGAGGUGUCUUUUCCACACUUAUUAAGAGGAACGCCACAAUUCCAGCCAGAAAGAGCCAGGUAUUUUCUACCGCUGCUGAUGGACAAACUCAAGUAGAGAUUAAAGUGUAUCAGGGAGAGCGAGAGAUGGCUGCAGACAACAAACUUCUAGGACAGUUCUCCUUGGUUGGAAUUCCCCCAGCCCCUCGUGGAGUCCCUCAAAUUGAAGUUACAUUUGACAUUGAUGCCAAUGGUAUUGUUCACGUUUCUGCCAAAGAUAAAGGAACAGGACGUGAACAACGGAUUGUGAUCCAGUCUUCUGGUGGAUUAAGCAAAGAUGACAUUGAACAUACGAUUAAAAAUGCAGAGAAGUAUGCUGAGCAAGACCGGAGAAAGAAGGAACAUGUGGAAGCAGUUAUCAUGGCUGAAAGAAUUAUUCAUGACACAGAAACCACGAUGGAAGAAUUCAAGGACCAGUUACCUGCUGAGGAGUGCAACAAGCUAAAGGAAGAGAUUUCCCAAACGGGAGAACUGCUCGCUCAAAAGGACAGUGAAAUGGGAGGAAACAUUAGACAGGCAGCAUCUUCACUGCAGCAGGCAUCACUGAAGCUCUUUGAGAUGGCAUAUAAAAAGAUGGCAUCUGAACGGGAAGGUUCUGGAAGUUCUGGUACUGGGGAACAGAGGGAAGACCAGGAGAAACAGUAACAGUGGCAAGGCAUUGAGAGAGGCCAGAAGGACAACAUGAAGCUUGGGCGUAAAGGGACGUCCUGAGCAGACGUUACUGUUUUAGCCGUAACCCAUAUAACUUCCUUAAUAAAUAAAUGUAGUGAUUAUAAAAAAAAUUUAGCUUGAAAGAUUAUAGAGAUAAUAUCAAUGUUCUUACUCUUCUCUUAUUGGCACACAUUAGUACUUUAGAUAAAAGACAAAAGACAGAGCUUUAAAAUUGGUAUUUUAUCAAAACUAAAUUUAAAAA